AUGCAUGCAGCCGGCAAACCACGACUGUCGUGGCAUAUAUUCGGCGAGGCUACCAGAUUGGCACAAGUGAUGCAGAUGCAUGAAGAGGAAUCUCUACAAGGUCUCUCGCCCCUUGAGGCAGAGUUCCGACGACGGGCAUUCUGGAUAGUCUAUAUUGGUGAUAAAUCAGCCGCCAUUCUGAAUAAUCGGCCAAUCACCAUUCACAAAUUCUCAUUCAAUUCGGGAAUCACAAUUGGGUAUCCCACUGGCGUCGAAGGCGAAAUUGUCCUGACACCGAGAAGUGCCGAUCCAGAUGAUUCAAAUACUCGAAAGAGUUUCAUCGCAGGCUUCAACGCCAAUAUCCGGCUCUGGCAAAGUGCAUCGGAUUUGCUGUUGGAGAUGCGACUGAUAGACCAGAGCACGCCAGUGAAUGGCAUUGCUCGUCCACCCCCUACAGCCGAGGAGCGGCACCGACUGGAUCAUCUCUACGUGCUUUUUGCUACCUCACUCGAUGACUUGCCCGCGCUAUUGCAACCAGACAAGUUUGUGGCCAAUUUCGGUGAAGAAAGCAGUCGACUGAGUAGUCUAAUGAGACAGUGUGGUAUUCAAGCGGCAAAUCUUUAUGUCUCAUUACACUGCCUCAAGAUGGUGAUCACACAGAAGUUAGAAGAGUUCAAUUAUUACCCACCGACGCGCAAUGACAUGUUGUUACUAAGAAAGACCGACAUCGCACGCGACAUGCUGCGUGUCAUUUGUGACGCUCCAUUCUGGACAUUGCAGGUGAAUGGUGAACCAUGCGAAACUGUUCUAAUGAUCGAGAAGGUUGAAAAGAUCCGGCUUAUCGGAGCCAGUUUACUUGAGAUCAUUGAUCAACAUAAGAACUCUCCACUCUCCGUUCGGGCGCGGAAUGAUCUCUCGGUGUUACUAGAUAUUUUGACCCGUCUUGACUCAAAGGCAUCGGACACUUUGCGGCGAUUACUCUGA